UUGUGUGUUUCUUCAUUUAAGAAACGAAAUUAGGGUCUCAAACCAUUUUCUCUCAAUUAUUAUUAUUAAACAUUCUCAAAACUAGUUUGAAUCUUCUGUCUUGUCUUCUAUUAAAGGAUCUUGAAACCCCUUCGCAUGGGAGAGAGAAAGAAAGAGAUGUUACUCCAUGAGAAUACCGAACCCACUUCGUUCCAAUAAUUCAAAAGAUUUCACUUUCUUGCUUUUCUAAUUUCUAAAACCCUAAUUGAAGUUCCAACAAGAUCGAUCAAGGAGAAGAUGGAUCUCGAGGAUUGGGAAUUAGUACUCCCCAAGAACAGCUUCAAGGAUCUUGAUCUUGAUCAUGACGAGGAUCAUCAUGGAGCGAUGGUAAUGGACUACUUCCUCUGCCCAUCUACUAAAGAUCCUCUCCCAAAAACAGAGUCUCCUCCAAGAACCAUAGUGGUCCCUAAAAAGCUUCUUCAAGUUCCCAUAGCCUGGGAAGCCGUUUUGGACCAAGACAACACGAAGAAACCCAAUAACCGUGAACCGGAUCCAGAUCCGGAUUCAAAACAAACCCUUUCGACGGACUUUGUUUCGUCACCUAGAGUUUCCUUCAAGAUAAUGAAGGAGACUGAAUUUGCCGACAUGAAAAUUGACCCACCAGCGAGGAUCACGAGUCCUCUGCCUCAGAUCGAUGAUGCUGCAUCGAAACCCUCUGAUUUAGAAGGAGGAGGUGACUUGCGAAACAAGGAAGAAGUUGUGUUGGAGGAAGUAGAUGAAGAUGGUAGUGGUGGUGAGAGAUUGAAUCUGUGGAAGGUUGGUCUCAAUGGGAUUGGAGCAAUCUGUUCUUUUGGGGUCGCAGCUGCUGCUGCUACUGUAUGUGUCUUCUUCCUCGGACACAACAAUAUCAAAAUCUGUAAGAACAAGAACCAGAUGCUUAGGUUCCAGAUUUACUCCGAUGAUAAUAAGAGGAUGAAAGAAGUUGUGAAUCAUGCAACAAAGCUCAAUGAAGCAAUCUUUGGUAUGAAAGGUGUUCCUGUCGUAAGAGCUCAAAUAUCUUUUGGGGGUCACUACGAUGGACUUUGAAUCUCAGCCGUCAUAAUAGUUCAUAUGGUUCAGAUCGAGUUUUAUUCACCCACAAGCUUCAUAAUGUACAUAUAUGAAUGUAGUGUAACGUUUUGUAAAUUUAUAUUAUUAUUUUGUUCAAAUAUUGAUUAAUUAUGUGUUGUUAAUAGAUCAUUGUGAAAUUUCAUGUAGUUUUUAUUUUUUAUAUUAAUUUCAUGUA